GACUGAUUUGGUCAAGAGAGCACGGAGUGUGUUUUUUUUUUUUUUUUUUUUUUUUUUUUUAAGAGAGGUGAGAAAGUUUGUUAAUUUUUUUUAAGGCAAUUCCUUUUCACUGUGAUGAUUUGACCGAACUGAGCAUUGGCCAUCUUCCCGUUCGCAUACGUUAGGCAUAUUCCUACUGGUCAAUAAUUCCUUCCUCUGCCCUGCCCUGCCUUUUUUUCUUACCUCAUUUUUUCUCCCAAUUAGCAAAUAAAAAAAAAGAACCAUGUCUGAAGUUAAUGUGACGAAAGUAAUAGUGAACAAUCCCAUAUGUGACAUUUUAGAUCCAUUCGUUUUUACCAUUGAGUUUGAGGCAUUGAAUAAAUUAGAGGCCGAUUUGGAGUGGAAGAUUUUUUAUAUUUCUGCUGUGAACAACGAUGGGGAGGGGAACCAGGACAUCGAGUUGGAUAACAUUUUCUUGGGACCCAUCGAGCGGGGCGUGAUGAUGUUUGACUACGCGGUGAAUCCGCCCGAUUACAAAAACAUGGAUGUUGAUAGCGUGCUGGGCCUGCAAGCCAUCCUCAUAUCAGCCAACUAUAAAGAAAAGGAGUUCAUUCGGAUCGCCUACUACAUGAACUCAUUUUACAAAGACAUGGAACUGAGGGAGAAGCCACCCGCCGUACCCCAGUACGAUAAAAUAUGUAGACAUAUAUUUGUGGAAAAUCCAAGAAUUGUAAAAUUUUGCAUAACUUGGGAUGCAGAGGAGAAAGAUGAUUUUAAAGAAUUCGACAAGGAGAAUGAACAGAUCGAGUUAAUGAAUUCCAUAAAAAUGAAUCCGGAUGAAAAUAGCAACUCUAACAUAACAAACGAGUCUACGCAGGAAAACAUUUUCGUCUUCAAUGACAUCCCUGCGAAUGUUGGCGCGAAUGGUAAAAUGAGCACGCACGUAGCGGCGCCCGAAAACGCCAACGCGUAUGGCAAUACGUAUGCGAAUACAUAUGCCAAUACGUACGCCGGUGCAGACUUGAACGAACGGGGGGCCCUCAGUAGUAACGGUGCAUCAACCGAUUUGGAUAAGUGCGAACUUUUUAAUGCUAACAUAAAUGGGAUAAGCAGAAUAACCAUAGACAAUAAUAACGCCUGA